AUGUUGCUCGGAGAAAAUAUGUUUUCUACUUUCACAUCGUUGGAUGCUGGUUCCGACAACGUCGCCAACUCUGGUGACUUCAUGUUGAAUGAAGUUCCCAAGCAAGAAAGCAACGAUUUGUUGCUGGACAGCUUGGACUUCAACAUCAUGAACGAAAACUUGAUUGACGGGUUCCAGAACACCACUGAUUCUGCUCCUGAAGAUAAGAUGACUCCAUUUGUUGUUGACACCAAAGUUUUCGAGUCUGUUUUCAAAAACUCGGAGGAUCCUUUGCUCGAUGAUAUUGACAGCAUCGAUAUUGCCGACGGUGAUCUCAAAGAGAUGUUUGAAAUGGUUGAUUCAGAAAUCAACAAUGAUGUUGUUAUCAAGCAAGAGGAGCAGGAUGAUUCUGAAGUCAGAUCGAAAUCAACUUCUGCUCUCAUGUCUUCGAGAUCCUCUUCUGCAUCUGCGUCUGCAUCCCCGAUGUCUUCUACUUCUUGCAAGAGAUCUUUUUCUACUGCUUGCUUGGAAGACUCCGAGGCUGAAUCUUUAAAGAAGGACAGCUUGGGUUGCACACCUUACACGAGGAAGCAAAGAAACAACCCUCUGCCUCCAGUCGUCCCUAAGGGUGGGGAUGUCGCCUCCAUGAAGAGGGCUAGAAACACCGAAGCUGCAAGAAGAUCAAGAGCUAGAAAGAUGGAGAGAAUGUCUCAACUAGAAGACAAAUGCAACGAUCUGUUGAAGGAAAACAAUGAUUUAAAGGCACAAGUUCAAGCCUUGAAGCAGUUGUUAGGCCAACAGUAG